AUGAACAACCCAGUCUAUGGUUUAAUCAUAGGUAACAUAAAAGGUGCAAGAGAUCCCUCUGACCCUGAUCCUGAUCCAAAAUGGGACAAUGGAAGAAAUAAUGAAGUUGAGGAAAACGAUACACAUGACUUGGUGGAAGGCUCAGCUGUACAGACAAGAGGUCAAGUACAGAAGGAAAAGGAAAAGUACAAAACGUUAAAGGUAACUAGUAUCACAGACAAUUUCACUUCAGUGGAUGAUAUGAUAGUUGCACAAAAUGAGGACGCUACACUGGAUAAGUAUCGGGAAUACGCAAAUACUGGUGUUAAGAAGUUCACAGGACAACAGAAUGUGUCGUGGUUUGUCAUUGAAGACGGUCUAUUGUUCCGAUAUUUCCAGUCUCCGAAGGUCACUCAGUUGGAAAUGGUGUAAUGCGACCUAAUAAUGACAAGCUUGAGGCAAUCAAGAAAGCCCCUCGCCCUGAAACCAAGAAACAGGUACGUUCUUUCUUGGGACUGAUUGGUUAUUACCGCAGGUUUGUUCCCAACUUUGCGGCAGUUGCUUGUCCUUUGACAGAUUUGACAAAGAAAGGUACCCCAAAUAAAGUCGAAUGGUGUGAUGAACACGAGAGAUCAUUUAUGAAUUUAAAGUCAUUGCUUUUAUACGCCCCAAUACUUAGACUCCCUGACUUUAACAAAGACUUCUUUCUCAGAACCGAUGCUUCCGACUACGGAAUAGGUGCUGUUUUGUUGCAGAAGCAUGAGAAAAUGUUCCCUGUCGCAUAUGCCAGUAGAAAGUUGAA